AGGUAUCCAGCAGCAGUUGUCCAGCUAUAGGGAGACGGUGAUCCGGCAGGCCACUGUGGCGGCGGGCUCGACCGUUCACCGGGACGACGCGCCAACCUGCGGCAUCUGCCACAAGACCAAGUUCGCAGAUGGCUGCGGGAACCUGUGUUCGUACUGCCAGACCAAGUUCUGCGCCCGCUGUGGGGGGCGAGUCUCCCUGCGAUCCAACACGGUGAUCUGGGUGUGUAACAACUGCCGGAAGCAGCAGGAGAUCCUGACCAAGCCGGGCGAGUGGUUCACUGGUCCGGCUGGGAAACCCGCUGGCCUCGGUUCAGCCGUCAGCGAGCCAUCUGUGUGCCAAACGCCCGGCGACAAGAAGCUCCGGUCUCGCUCCCAAGCGCCCCCGGGCUCCACCACCGCAAUCCAAGACCCCAACCGACCCAGUGCACCCGGGGCCGUGCCUGGCACCGACGCUCGGUCACGUAGCGAACCACCACGAGACACGAGAAAUGGAAGAGGAGGUGGAGGAGCUGGUCGGGGAGAGCGUCGGGCAGGUCAGCCCAGACUGCAGACCCAGGUCUCCAUGGACCGGGACCUGCGGGGGGAGUCCAGGGAACGCAGGGAAAGUCGCCGGCUGUCAAAGGGACGCUCUCUGGAGCAUGAUCCUGUGGGAGGAGGUGGCGGAGUAAGACGGACAGAAGAGGGGGGCUACCACCACAUGGACCACAGCGGUGGCCCUCCUCGCCAAGCAGGGCCGGUCCCUCCUGGAGGAAGGGGCCACCCUGUGCCCGUGCAGGGUCGUGGCAUGGGCAUAGUAGGGGAGGUCGGGGAUGGCGUGCGGCCUGGUCAGAGGACGGUGGGUGGGGUUGGCGGGCCGCAUGAACACACCCUUACUCAGCAAGCCCCUCCCCCUGAACUCAGAGAGCCUUCUGGUUCAGGCCCUGGUUUGGCCCCCGGUCAGGGGCCCGUAGUGAGACGGACUAAACGGGAGAAGGCUGAGAGCAUGCUGCGCAAUGAUUCACUAAGCUCCGACCAAUCGGAAUCCCUACGUCCGCCGCCGCCGAGGCCCUACAAGUCGAAGCGAGGGCUGGGGGCCGGGGGGAAGAGGCAGACCAGCGUCAGCAGUUCAGAGGAGGAGGGAGGGACCACGCCUGAGUACAGCAGCUGUGAGGAUGCUGAAAUCGAAAGUGUCAGCGAGAGAGGCGACUGGGAGUGCUACCCACAUGACCCCACUGUAUGGCAUCAUCCUGUGACCUGGCAGCCGUCCAAGGAGGGAGAUCAUCUCAUUGGACGAAUCACCCUCAGCAAGAGGAGUGCCGCCAUGCCUAAAGAAGCCGGAGCUCUGCUGGGGUUAAAGGUGGUGGGAGGCAGAAUAACAGAGUCAGGGAGAUUAGGUGCCUUCAUCACUAAAGUCAAGAAGGGAAGCCUGGCCGACGUGGUGGGACAUCUCAGAGCAGGGGAUGAAGUUUUGCAGUGGAAUGGGAAGCUUUUACCGGGGGCAACCAUGAAAGAAGUUUACAACAUCAUCCUGGAGUCUCAAGCUGAGCCUCAAGUGGAGCUGGUGGUAUCCAGGCCUAUUGGUGAUAUCCCAAGAAUCCCCGACACGUCCCACCCUCCAUUAGAAUCUACAGGUUCCAGUUCUUUUGAGUCCCAGAAGAUGGAGAGACCGUCCUUAAAUGUCCUGUCUCCCUCCAGUCCCGGGAUGCUCCAAGAUGCUCCGCAGUUGAUGCCGGGGCAACUCUCAGUGAAGCUGUGGUACGACAAAGUGGGCCAUCAGCUAAAAGUCAACGUGCUGCAGGCUGCGGAGCUUCCUCUUCGGCCUGACGGGCGGCCCAGGAGCCCCUACGUCAAAAUGUACUUCCUUCCUGACCGCAGUGACAAGAGCAAACGAAGGACAAAAACAAUGAAGAAGACCUGUGAGCCCAAGUGGAACCAGACGUUCGUCUACACUCACGUCCAUCGCAGGGAUUUCCGCAACCACAUGCUGGAGCUGACUAUAUGGGACCAACCCAGGUCACCAGAGGAGGACAGCACCUUUAUGGGAGAGAUCCUGAUAGAGCUAGAGACGGCCUUACUGGACGACAAGCCUCACUGGUAUCCACUCCAAACCCAUGAUGUCUCAUCCAUACCGCUGCCCCGAGCCUCCCCUUACCUGCCCCGACGACACACAGACACCUCCGGCAAGAAGCUGCAGCCGGAUGGGCGUGGCAGAGAGAGGCAGCGAGAGCCCACGUCCACCCUGGAGGUGCCGGACCAGCAGAGGACGCCCACCCAUCACAUACGUUCCCGAUCGGUCUCCCCGCACCGUGAGGAGCAGGGACGGAUCCGUUCACGGCCAGCCAACAUUCCCACCCAGAGGAGUCUGGAUGAUGAGCUUCCUCACACUCGUCGUUCUCGUUCUCCAACCCGCUACUACGACGCUGCCCGAGGUCGCCACCAGGAGGACGAGUACCUGGAUGACAGGGGCCACCUCCAAGGUGGUUCGUCUCUCUCCUCCUCAGUGACGUCCUCCUCGGCCCGCAGAGUACGGCAACUCCCACAGCUUCCCCCCAAGAGCAGCACCGUAGAACAAGCCCUGGUAGCAGAGGAGUGUGUUCGUCAGCUCCAGAUGAGGGUUAUUUCCAACAGGGUGUCAGCCGCCACCACCUCCAGCCAACAGGACCUGGACCGAGCCCUCAAGAACAAACGGGAGCUCUACAAGGACCAGAGGAGGAGCAGCGAGAACGUUUCCCAUAAGUCUUCAGACAGUGAUGUCAGCGACGUGUCAGCCAUCUCUCGAACCAGCAGUGCCUCUCGCAUCAGUAGCACCAGCUACAUGUCCAUCCAGUCAGAGAGACCCCGGGGACGCUUCAGCAGGGCCAUGCGCGCAACGGGCCGCCACAUGAUGAAGAGCACCAGCGUGAGUGGUGAGAUCUACGGCAUGGAGCACACUGACGGCAGUCAAUCAGACACGGCGCUCGGCAGCCUGGGAAGUGGUAUCAAGAAGCGGCGCUCGAGCCUCAGCCAACGUGUUGUCGCCAUCCUGCCGUCCAGACGCAGCCGGAGUACCUCGCAGCUCAGCCAGACAGAGGCGGCGGGUAAGGCGGCGGACAGACAGAAAGAAGCAUCAGCAGGUAAAAAGGGCAGUAAGGCCGGCAGCAGCAGCAUCCAGAGGAGCGUGGAGACGGGCAUGGCUGUGGAGUACCCACGGGGAGGGACGGCCAUGAACCGGCAGGCCAGCAGAGAGUCCACCGAUGGCAGCAUGAACAGCUACAGCUCUGAGGGGAAUCUGAUCUUCUCAGGUAUGCGUUUGGGUGCCGACAGUCAGUUCAGUGACUUCCUGGAUGGUUUAGGCCCCGGUCAGCUGGUUGGCCGGCAAACACUGGCAACACCUGCCAUGGGUGAUGUUCAGAUCGGUUUGAUGGAUAAGAAAGGCCAGCUGGAGGUCGAGGUGAUCAGGGCACGAGGCCUUACCUCCAAACCGGGCUCCAAAUCCCUCCCAGCUCCCUAUGUCAAGGUGUACCUGCUGGAUAAUGGAAGUUGUAAAGCCAAAAAGAAAACCAAGAUUGCACGAAAGACCCUGGAGCCGCUCUACCAGCAGCACUUGCUCUUUGAUGAGAGUCCCCAGGGCAAGGUGCUUCAGGUGAUAGUGUGGGGCGACUAUGGACGAUUGGACCACAAAUGUUUCAUGGGUGUAGCACAGAUCCUAUUGGAGGACCUGGACCUCUCAAGCACGGUGAUUGGCUGGUACAAACUGUUUCCGCCAUCCUCAUUGGUGGACCCUACAUUAGCUCCGCUCACGCGGCUGGCGUCUCAGACGUCAUUGGACAGCUCAGGACCGCCACCGGGCGUUCGGUCCUAGUGACCGAAUGGCAACCGCAAACCCUAAACCCCCCUGAUAUCCCUUAAAUGAUAAAAUAAUGGACCACUGCUACUGGACCAGAACUGAGCAGAGGGCGAGAAUACGCCCCGAGGACGACAAUCCGGAAGCCCUCAGUCAACCAGUGAAAAGCCAGACAGAGCGACAGGGAAUAAGAGAGAGAAAGAGAGAGAGGGAGAGACAGAACUAGCCAAUCAAAGUUUAGCUGGAGUCUGACAAUCAUGUCUCACACCUUCCCUCUUCCUCCUCCGUAUGCCUUUUUGUUUUCACAGCUUUGCUUUCUUUGUUUUCUCCUCUCAACUGCAGCAGUGGAGGUUUCUGUCCAACAUUCUUCAUUCCUCUCUUCUGUUCUUCUUUCUUUCUUCUCCCCUUAUUUUCCUGUGCAGCCCCGAUUAAAGCACCCGAUCAAAGUGGAGUCCUCCACCCUAGUAGCCCUCCAGCCAAUCAGCGUAGAGCUCACUGCGAGGCCACAGGGAUGGGUGGUGUGAACGACGUGUAGGGGUUAGUGAGUAGCAAACUUGAGGCAGCUUCCUGCGGCCGUACCGUCACGUAAAGGUUGGCUGUUGUCUCUGCCGGUGUUACCGUGGUAACAGUAUCGUCGUACAUGAGCACGUGGGGCAGCGGCCCGGCACGGUCUGGCGACCUCUUCAGGUGCACAUUGUUAGCCUUGUUGUGAUGUAUGAAAGCGAGCACAAGAGAAGCUUGACUCCUUAAUCCAGACGGAGGCGAGCGAAAGGUUUUGCUCUGUCUAAACAAAGAGGAAAGAAAACAGAGGCCAAAUCCACUUUUUGCUUUUUAUUUUUUCAUUUGGAAUCAUUUUUUUUCUGUCUUUGUUUUGCCCAGAGUUCAGAAUGGUAACUUGCGGUGCAGACUCCCUCUGUGUACGUGUGUGUUUGGUUUUCAUGCGACGGUGCGCCAAAGGCCGACAAUAAAGGUCAGGUCACAUUCGCCCGAACACCCUUUGCCCAACCCCGGUCUCCUCCCCCUUUCCAGACCCCUCAAACUCCCCCUGUAGGAGGGAGCAGCAUGACUCGGGGACGCACCCCCGCCCCGGCCCCAAGCUGCAUGCACGUUUCUUUUGUUCAGUUUGUUUCGUUUUUUGUUUUGUUCUCUACUUUUUUGUAAAAUAGAAGACGAGACAAAUUAACGAACAAUUCUCAAAAAAACAAAAACAGAAAAAAAGACUAGACUUAUGUGUGUUAGUUCCACAUACUUUUAGGCCAGCUUGUAUGUUGCAUGUUCUUGUACAGUUUGCUCGUACUGAAUAUGAAUACAAACCGAGAAAAGCCAAGCCAUCCCCGCCCCUAACAGGAGCGGACCAAUAGGGGGGGAUUAACUCCGCCCAGGCCACGCCUACCACUCUGGGUCUAAAUAUAAAUAUUAGGAAGUCUCCGGAAAAAAAAAAUUAUCUUUGUUUCAGUUUUUUUUUAACCCUUUGAACAACAGUGCUGUUCUGUAGUACUGAGCAUACUCGAGCCCCUGGCGUAUCUGCGGGUGUAGGUGUCUAAACUGUAGUUUAACACAGUCGGGGCUAGAGACAGAGAUAGAGAAUGUGUGUAUAACAGCUAAAUGUAUAUGAAGUAUCAUUAUGAGUUUGACAGAAAUUAUAAAGAUAUAGAUAUAUGAAUAUAAAAAGAGUGUAUCUGACUGCACACCCGUCACCAACACACACACAUGCACACCUUGUACAUACAAACCAGGAUGAGCGGCUUGAACUUAAGUUAUGAACAAACAAAACAUCGCUGACACACAAACAUUCCUGGUCUUGUUGAAGGGAAUUUGCGUCCUGUGGAUGUGCUCGAGCCGCUGAGCGGCACGGAGCCACAAGGCGGCGCUAAUAGGCCUUUAUUUUUGUCCCAGUUGCAGAAAAACAAGCAGAACCAAUUGGAACAAAGUUUACUUUCUUCUCCUUAAACCCUCUCCCCUGUUUAUUAUGAUUGGUUUGGACUGGACUUCUAAAGCCAAUGAGAAAUCUGAUUUUUGCAGACAUAUUUUGCGGAUGUUUCUGUUGAAACCCUUGGCGGUGUGGCCGACUGCCCUUUCCUUUGUCAGUAUUACUCCAGGAAUACUGAUUGUUUACAGCCCAUGGCUCCCCACUCCCAAACCACGAUUUUAGACGAAAGACUAAGUAUUCACUGCAACAGUUCUUGUUUGUAUAACAGAUGUGGCUCUACUGAUGUGUAUGUUUUAUAUUCAAGAGUUCAUUUUUAUUAUUUACAAAUAAA